AUGUAUGCUUUGGACCUGGUCAGAAGCUCUUACUUUCUACCAAAACAGGUUAUCUUCUACGAGGACAGGAACUUCAUGGGGCGCUCCUAUGAGUGCACCGGUGAUUGUUCCGAUAUGCACUCUUACAUGAGCCGCUGCCACUCCUGCAGGGUGGAGAGCGGCUGCUGGAUGGUCUACGACCACCCCAACUUCAUGGGAAACCAGUAUUUCAUGAGGAGGGGCGAGUACGCUGACUACAUGAACAUGUGGGGCUGGGGCAACAACUGCAUCAGGUCCUGCCGCAUGAUCCCCAUGCACAGAGGAUCCUACAGAAUGAGGAUCUACGAGAGGGACAACUUCAUGGGUCAGAUGUAUGAGAUGUCGGACGACUGCGAUUCCUUCAUGGAUCGUUACCACUGGUCCAACGGCUGCAUGUCCUGCCAUGUGAUGGACGGCCACUGGCUCAUGUACGAGUAUCCCCACUACAGAGGCAGGAUGUGGUACUUCAGGCCUGGAGAGUACAGGAACUUCAGAGACUACGGUGGCAUGAGGUUCAUGAGCAUGAGACGCAUCAUGGACUCCUGGUAUUAAAAAAAGAAUCUAAUCUAAUGAAAAAUGUAUUUACAAUAAAGUCCUUUAAGAAAAUAAAUGACGUGUGGACUUUGUUCCUGCAAAAAAAAAAGAAGAAAAAUAUACUUUUUGAACACUAUUAAAACAUUAAUCUAUAGUCUAAGCCUAAAAAUAAUGCUGAGGCUGAAAAACCUUUUAAAAAAAAUAAAAUAAAAGGACAA